AUGAGUGAGCAAGACUCUCCACAUCAUCAAAGACUACAAGAUCCAAACAACCAAAUCAAGCAGAGGCCAUACUCUUCCAAUGGCAGCCCGCAAAGUUUCGCCCUAGUCCAAGGACCGCCAACUGCUGCCAGCAAUAAUUUGCCCUCGUCAACGGUCCAUCAAGUCCAAAAGGAUGAAGCUGAGAACAAUCCUUCUUUGUCAUCCGUACAAUAUAUUCCCGACGUUGACAGCACGCAUGUUCCACUUCAAAUACAUCCAAACAGCAAUUGGGAAGAAGGCAGCGAAUCAUAUAUGCCAGACCGUGCGAACCACGCUGGCUUGCGAUACAAUGAUUAUCAGACAGCCAGUGCCAUGCUCGAAUAUCCCACCGAGACUGACUACGUGGAGUUGGAUCUAUUUGCUGGCAUAGGCGAUAAUCCCGAUGACUGGGAUAUAUUCUUCGGCCCAUUGGCAAAGGGCGAGUUGUCAACUGAUAAUUAUUCGACACCAUUCUAUUAUUAUCAACCAUUACCCUUUGAUUAUGCCUCUUAG